AUGUUCAACACCACUCUUUACCCAACUAGCCUCUCUGUGAACUCCACCACCACUGGCGGACCCCACGGCCCUCCGCCGUGGUACCAGUUUCCAGUAUGUGCCGCUGCCCCUUACGGCUUCAUUUUCUACUUCGGAGUCAAGGUGUUCAACCUGGCUGUGGGGACACCCUGUAACAUCCUGGUCAUCUGGCAGAUUGCAAGUAAGAAAAGUGACUCGUCCACCUCGGACAUCUUCAUCUUCAACCUGGCCAUCUUGGACGCCUACUUCUGUCUGAUGACGCCGAUAGAGAUGACGAACCGGCUUCUGCUGGGCGACAGUCAGAUUUGGUACGCUCAGAGGUUCGCGUAUGGGAUCAAGGAUGUAGCACCGCUCUUUCUCGUAUGUAUCUGCCUGGACCGCUACAUGGCCGUGGUCCACCCUGUGGUGUUUAGUGGAAUACGGGACAACAAGAUCCGUAUCGGCAUUUCUGUGGUGGUCUGGGGGCUCAUCCUGGCGUACGGUUUCACUAAGUGCUUCCUCGGAGUCAUGAGCGUCAACGAGGUCUUCAGCGGUGUCAUCCUCUUUUCGUUCGCCGUCAUGGUCUUCUGCAACAUCUCUGUCAUCUGGGUCCUCAGACGUUCUGUGGCAGGAAAGGAGGAGAUGCACCCGGUGAAGAAAAAAGCCUUCAAGAUGGUGCUGAUCAUCCUCGCUAUCAUCGUGGCCAACUACCUCCCGCCUGUGGCUCUCAUGCCCUUCGUGUCUUACUACACGUUCCUGCAGUUCCGCUGCCAGAUCAGCAUCAGCGUGUUCUCCAUCAUGGAUCUGAGCUGUAGCAUCGAGCCGCUCCUCUACAUCACAAAGAUGGAGCGUAGUAAGAAGCCUCAAGAUGUCAAGGUGUGA